ACAAGGCUGAACGGAACACUUUUGCCGGUACGUUAGUGAUCCCGGUUCUUUCGAAGUGUUAGGAUAUAUAUAUACAGUUCUCUUUGGAGAACAUGAGCAAGUUUUGGGGUUUCCAGGACCCUCAAGAUUCCGCCCAAUGCAUCCGCCCAAAAUAGACUCAUUAUCGUGAACCACAAAGUGGGGAGAGAAAGUGCUUCUUGUCUGAUCCCAGUGUUCCAGGAUUCUUGCUUCGAAUUCUUGUCCCACGUGAGGAUUUGAGCUUGAGGGAAAGAUUCCCGAGCCUUUACAACCAUGGACAUGAACAUGUCCAGCCUUUAUCCCGAAAUGCGAUUCUCUUGGGAGAUCAAGUCUGUGGACGCCCUCUUUUGCAAUGGCAUGACCAGGGUCGGGGAUUUAAGUCGGGAAGCCAUUCUGCAGGCUAUCAAGGAUGAAGACCUAAGUGUUCUGAAGGAGGAUGUCAAUCGGAACUUGUUCAACGAUAAGAAGUUCUGCAAGGAGUGCGUCACCACGGCCGUGGCCAGCACGCAAAACAUUGACAUCAUAGAAGAGAUCAUUGACUUCCUUACCACGGCGUCAGAGGAGACACGUGGCAAUGUGGACGCUUCUAUUAAAGAGGCUUUAAGGUCGGCCGUGAAGGUCGAGGACGAGCAUCUGGUCUUGGGCAUCUUGGACAACUUCCACAACAACAAAAAGAUCAAGACCCUCACCGACAUGAAUGAGCUCAUAGAGCAUGCGGUCUAUUGUGCAGCUGUUCAAGAGGACAGCAAUAUUCUCCACUCCAUUCUCAAGUGGAAUCUGUCCAACAAAACAAAGAAGUUCACGCACAAAAGCAAGGCUUAUGCAGGCUCCACUGGAGGACCCAAGAUCAAUAGCGGGUCAUUGCUCUACGCGGCCAAGAAGAACGAUUACGAGCGCGUCAAAAUCAUGUUUCGGUACGGAUAUCGUUUGGAAAGAAUUGAAAAGAUCACCGACCCACUCAAGCGAAUUGAGUUGUUCAAGGCAAUCACUAGUCCUGCGUACAUAAUCGCCACUCUCGAGAACGUAAAUGACGUGUCCAGCGAGUUCUUUUGCCCAGUGAAGAAGUGCUUCGAGUUUGCUUGUGAAGCGUCGGCCAAGGCCAAAAACACGCCCGAGUACAAACGGGAAUACCAAGAGAUUGAACACAGGUGUGAAGACUAUGCUAUCUCAUUGCUGGAACAAUGUGAGAACCUGGAGGAGGUGGAGACGUUCCUUCAGACCAAAACCCACGACGGGAUCACUCAUAAAGAUGCCAACUACAUCAUGGCCAUUCUGGAUUCUCGGAAGAAAUUCGUCGCCCACGAGCGCUUUCAAUACGUUUUGCUCAAAAAGUUCGGGGAAACCGAAUUCAAGGAAGAUUAUGCGGCCCGCAACCAGACCCUGUGGAUUGACAUGCCGUGGUAUCUUCGAUUUAUGCACGUUCUCAAGCAAAUUCCGUGUUAUCUUCUCUUGUUCUUGUUUCCCGUGUUUUCUCAAUGUUGCCCGUGGAGCAAGAAUGGAACGAUUUCAUCUCGUGUUCCAUGGUUCGUUCGUCAAUGGCGCGUUCCACUGAAUCGCUGUAUCUACACAGCUUUUUCUUACAUGAUGUUCCUGUUUUUCAUCAUCCUUUAUGUGGCCGAAACCCAGCCUCCCAUCAUUUAUUGGAUCGAUAUCUUCACUGCAACUUGGAUCAUGUCCUACACUUGUCGAGAUAUGGGAACAGCAUAUUUUCUGUGGAAACUUGAGAACCCGAAACCCAUGCAAGAGCGUCGCUUCUUCAAGCGCUAUCUCACAUUCUGGCAUCUCUACAACCUAUUCGCCGACUUCUUCUUCCUCAUUGGUUUGCUCAUGAAGCUCGUCGAAUAUCUCAUGACUGCACCCGACAGUUCUGUGCACGAUUUGGUGGAUAUGAACAAUCUGGCGGCUGGAGGAAGGAUCCUUUGGGGAGCAGCCUUCUCUUUGGCCAUUUUGAAGACCAUUAAAGUUGGCAUUGCUUCAAAAUAUUUUGGACCAAUCAUCCUAAGCAUGAAUCAUAUGAUGAAAGAUGUCCUGCUUUUCCUAAUGACCUUUGUUGUGAUAAUGAUUGCUUUCGCUUGUGGAGUCUCUUACAUCUUCAACAUGGCCUCUGGUCAACAAGGAUCAGGGUCCGCCACCCGAGGUGUGUUCACCUAUUUCUUUUGGGUCCUCUUGCAACCUUUCCGUGGCAAUCCAGAAUACGCUGAUGUGGUCGAUCUACCGUACAACACCACGUGUCUCUCUUCCAUUUCUAGUCAAAGGACCAACCGCAACACUUUAGCUCGAUGCAUUGUGGAGACGAUGUACAACACAUCGUGUAUUAUCAAAAAACUUGGUGACAAAUCCGGAUCUCGGGUGACUCAUGCGGAUAUCUCAAGUUGUCUGAUCGACAGAGAAGCGGGUUUUGGUUCGUUUGUGCAUCAGCCUAACUAUUUGAAGUCGGCAGCCGUUCCAAUGUGGGCGGUGUAUCAGUUCCUCGUGAGUGUGGUGUUACUUCGCAUCCUCAUUGUCAUGAUGACCAUCACUUACCGCAGAAUCUAUGAUGACCUGGACAAGCAAUGGAAGUAUGCUCGGGCCUACAUGGGAAUCCAAUUUUUCGACCACGAUUCAUUACUUCCCCCUCCAUUUACAUUUUUGUCAAUCGUCGUGCUCAUUUUUCAAUUAUUUUCGGAUUGUCGCAAACGGCGAACUGGCAAGAACGCCGACAACUCUAUUGUGGAUGCGAUGCCGGAUCAGACUUAUGCCACUUUAAUCUUUCAGUUAUUGGAUGGAGCCAAACCUACUCUGAAAGUAGGAGAAAAAGAUUGGCGGAAGAAGUCCAGAAAAGUCAGCACCAACCUCGGGGAUAAACUGAUAGUAUAGCGCUAUUUUCCAUUACAUGUAUGCCAUGGGAUGUCUUAGAGGAAAAUGUUCCAGUUUAUUUUAUAAAGUCUUGAAUAUGUUAUCUAUAUACCGUGGAUAUUUAUGUUCACACGAUCGCUCCAAAAAUUAAGCAUUCAAUGAGGUGGUCAUCCAGAAAAAUGAAAGUCUUAAGUCUUAUGAACUAUCUCUUGUAUGUAUUCAAAUGUCCGCGCAUGACUCCUUUCUUCCAUCUCAACUUCCGUCUUAUCUUCGAACUUUACCAGGUCAGAUUUGAGGUCCCCAGAGUAUCUGGUAAUCAUUAUUGACAACAUCAUCCACUGGCAAGUAAAUUGAAAGUACAUUUCCCUUAAUCAUUGGCAAGGACGAGUAAUGUCCAGAGAAUUAAGGCCUUAGCCAUGAAAUAAUAUGAUGCCUCAAAUGGAUGGGAUUUUUUUAUUUAUUGCGAUACCAAUUUUGAGUCUUUUUGUUAAAAUACUCUCAUAAACAAAGCUGAGAUUGACUGAUGAGUAAUCUCAAAACGGUAUCAGCCAUUUCAUUGUCUCUUUAUGAUGUCAAUGAUGGAAACCAGAGAUGUUUUGGAAGCCAAAUCUGACAAAUCCUUGAAAUAAAGGCAAAAUUUGUUGAAGCA